AUGGCGACCCAAGAGUCGAAUCACCUGGAGCCAUGGCGGGACCUAGAGGGCAAAGUGGUGAUGGUCACCGGCGCGUCCUCGGGGAUCGGCCGAGACUUCUGUCUAGACCUGGCCAAAGCUGGUUGCAAGAUCAUCGCCGCCGCUCGUCGGAUCGAACGGCUCCAAUCUCUCUGCCAUGAAAUUAACGAACUCGUCAACUCCAACGAUCCCAGAUCAAGUCAACUCAAUUCUACUACUCCCACCAGCCCCAGAGCAGUAGCCGUGGAGCUUGAUAUCUGUGCCGAUGGGCCCACAAUUGAAGCUUCCGUACAAAAAGCUUGGGACGCGUUUGGUAGGAUAGACGCGCUGAUAAACAAUGCCGGUGUUAGAGGUAAUCCCAAUUUCCUCUGGAUAAAAUUUAAUUUUGAUUUUUUUUUCUCUGGUGACUGGAAAUCCGAUUUGUAA